ACUUCAUUGCUUCUCAGGCUCUCUCUCCGAGAAGGGGGGAAAAUGAAGCUUUUGAUGUUUGGGGCUUUUUUGUGUUUAUGUAAUACCCAAGCCCAGGCAGAAGAGAAGCAUUAUUAUAUUGGAAUUUCUGAAAUAGCUUGGAACUACGCCUCUGACCAGGAGGGAAAGAAACUUAUUUCAGUGGACACAGAACACUCCAAUAGGUAUCUUCAAAAUGGCCCAAAUAGAAUUGGAAGAAUCUACAAAAAAGCUCUUUAUCUUCAGUACACAGAUGGCACCUUUACAACAACGAUAGAAAAACCAGUCUGGCUAGGGUUUUUAGGCCCUAUUAUCAAAGCCGAAAUUGGAGACAAAAUUUAUGUACAUUUAAAAAACUUUGCCUCUAGGCCCUAUACUUUUCAUUCACAUGGAGUCACAUACUAUAAGGAACAUGAAGGGGCCCUCUACCCUGAUAAUACCACAGGUUUUCAAAAAGCAGAUGACAAAGUGCUUCCGGGAGAGCGGUAUACUUACAUACUAAAUGCCAGUGAAGAACAAAGCCCUGGUGAAGGAGAUGGCAAUUGUGUGACGAGGAUUUACCACUCCCACAUUGAUGCUCCCAAAGAUAUUGCCUCGGGACUCAUCGGACCUUUAAUAAUGUGUAAAAAAGAUUCUCUGGAUAAGGAAAAAGAAAAAGAAAAAAAUAUUGAUCAAGAAUUUGUGGUGAUGUUUUUUGUGGUGGAUGAGAAUCAUAGCUGGUACUUAGAAGACAACAUUAAGACCUACUGCUCUGAACCAGAGGGAGUCGACAAAGACGAUGAAGAGUUCCGGGAGAGUAACAGAAUGUAUUCUGUGAAUGGAUACACGUUUGGAAGUCUCCCAGGACUCUCCAUGUGUGCAGAAGACAGAGUGAAGUGGUAUCUUUUUGGUAUGGGCAAUGAAGUUGAUGUGCACGCAGCUUUCUUUCACGGGCAAGCGUUAACGAACAAGAACUACCGCAUCGAUACGGUCAACCUCUUUCCUGCUACUCUUUUUGAUGCUUUUAUGGUGGCCCAGAACCCUGGAGAAUGGAUGCUUAGCUGUCAGAAUCUGAACCAUCUGAAAGCCGGGCUGCAGGCCUUUUUCCAGGUCCAGGACUGCCACAAGUCUCCGGCAGAGGAUGGCAUCCAUGGGAAGCAAGUCAGGCACUACUACAUAGCUGCUGAGGAAAUCAUCUGGAACUACGCUCCCUCUGGUAUAGACAGGUUCACCAACGAAAAUCUAACAGCGCCUGGAAGUGCCUCAGAGGUGUUUUUCGAACAAGGACCUACAAGAAUCGGAGGCUCUUAUAAAAAGCUAGUUUAUCGCGAGUACACAGAUGCCUCCUUCACUGAUCGAAAGGAGAGAGGCCCUGACGAGGAGCACCUUGGCCUGCUGGGUCCUGUCAUUUGGGCAGAGGUGGGAGACACCAUCAAGGUCACCUUCAAAAACAAAGGACCAUUUCCCCUCAGUAUUGAGCCAACUGGGGUGAGGUUCAGUAAGGACAACGAGGGCACAUUCUAUACCUCACAUUCCAGUUCAAGUGGGGGUGGGCCCCGUCCUUCAGCCUCCCAUGUGGCACCCAAAGAAACCUUCACCUAUGAAUGGACUGUUCCCAAGGAAGUGGGACCCACGUAUGCCGACCCAGUGUGUCUGUCUAAGAUGUAUUAUUCUGCUGCGGACCCCACCAAGGAUAUAUUCACUGGGCUUAUUGGGCCAAUGAAAAUAUGCAAGAAAGGAAGUUUACAUGCAAAUGGCAGACAGAAAGAUGUAGACAAGGAGUUCUAUUUGUUUCCCACAGUAUUUGAUGAGAAUGAGAGUUUAUUCCUGGAUGAUAAUAUUAAAAUGUUUACAACUGCACCUGAUCAGGUAGACAAGGACAAUGCUGAUUUUCAGGAAUCUAAUAAGAUGCACUCCAUGAAUGGAUUUAUGUAUGGGAACCAGCCUGGUCUCAGCAUGUGCCAGGGAGAUUCAGUGGCGUGGUACUUGUUCAGUGCUGGAAACGAGGCCGACGUCCAUGGAAUAUACUUCUCAGGAAACACCUAUCUGUCAAGAGGAGAAGUGAAAGACACCGCGAACCUUUUCCCUCAGACAAGCCUUACGCUGCUCAUGAGGCCUGACGCAGAAGGAACUUUUGAGGUUGAGUGCCUUACCACCGAUCAUUACACAGGCGGCAUGAAGCAAAAAUACACCGUGAACCAAUGCGGGCGGCAGUCUGAGGGCUCCACGCUCUACCAGGGAGAAAGGACCUACUACAUUGCAGCAGUGGAAGUGGAAUGGGAUUACUCCCCGAGCAGGACAUGGGAAAAGGAGCUGCAUCAUUUACAAGAGCAAAAUGUUUCAAAUCCAUUUUUAGAUAAGGAAGAGUUCUACAUAGGCUCAAAAUAUAAGAAAGCUGUGUACCGUCAAUACGCUGACAGCACAUUCACAGUUCCAGUGAUGAGAAAACCCGAAGAGGAACACCUAGGAAUUCUAGGUCCACAGCUUCAUGCAGACGUUGGGGACAAAGUUAAAAUUAUUUUUAAAAAUAUGGCCACAAGGCCUUACUCAAUACAUGCCCACGGGGUAAAAACUGAGAGUUCCACAGUUACUCCAACAUUACCAGGUGAAACUCGCACUUACAUAUGGCAAAUCCCAGAAAGAUCUGGAGCUGGAACAGAGGAUUUGCCUUGUAUUCCAUGGGUUUACUAUUCAACUGUGGAUCAAGUUAAGGAUCUCUACAGUGGAUUAAUUGGCCCGCUGAUUGUCUGUCGGAGACACUACAUUAAAGUGUUCAAUCCCAUAAAGAAACUGGAAUUUAGCCUUCUGUUUCUAGUGUUUGAUGAGAAUGAAUCUUGGUACUUGGAUGACAACAUCCAAACCUACUCUGAACAUCCUGAGAAAGUAAACAAAAACAAUGAUGAAUUUAUAGAAAGCAAUAAAAUGCACGCUAUUAAUGGAAGACUUUUUGGAAACCUGCAUGGCCUCACAAUGCACGUGGGAGAUGAAGUCUACUGGUAUCUGAUGGGGAUGGGCAAUGAAAUAGACUUGCACACGGUACAUUUUCACGGCCAUAGCUUCCGGUACAAGCACAGGGGCAUUUAUAGUUCUGAUGUCUUUGACGUUUUUCCUGGAACAUACCAAACUGUAGAGAUGUUUCCAGAAACACCUGGAAUCUGGUUACUCCACUGCCAUGUGACCGACCACAUUCAUGCUGGAAUGGAAGCUACUUACACUGUUCUGCCAAAUGAAGGUGAAUAUCCAGAGACCAAGUCUGGCUGAAAGAAAUAAAUUGGUGAUAAGUGGGAAAAAAAAAAAAAAGGAAAAAAUCAAUGAUUUAUGACAAUGGAUGUGAAAGUGUUGACUAGAAUAAAAUUUUGGAAUAUUAAAUAUUACAAAAAAAUUACAAAAAGAUUGAGAACCCAACUCUGUGCAUUUGUGGGAGAAAUAUGUUUCCCUGUUGCAGAUGAAAGAAUCAGAGUGUGUUGUGACAUAUGGUUGGCACUUGUACAUGAGGUUAUAGAGUUGAUUCAUAUGGGCCACUCACACCACCACAAUUAAAGCUUUACAAAACUGCUCUCCAAAAAGGAAAAUAUGUGAUCAGAUGAUGACCUGGGUGGUCCUCCAGGGAUCACAGUUAAGGUUCACUGAAAUGCUUCUGACCAUCAAUCCCUGUCCCAUAAUGCUGACAUCAUUCCUAAUGAAGCAGUGGACAAAGGGGCACAAAGUGUGAAGGAAGGGAAAAAAUCAAAUAAAAAGAUGCACGUCUGAGAUGUGUUGAAUCCUGGAAGAAAUGGUCAAAAAGACACCAUCUGGAACUGGAGUGAAGUGGAGUUGAAGGCCGGUCCUCAGAAUAAAUCCUGGUAAAGAUGACUAUUGCCAUCAGGAGAAAAGUUCCAAAUAAAUAUCGUGUGGCAGAUACCUACUAGGCAGAAUUUUUUGCCCAGCCUUAACUGGAUUUAAAGGGCUCUAAUGGGGAGCUGAAUUUGGACUUGAAAUACUUUAACAAGGUUAAAAAAGACAGUUAUGAACACCAUGCUAUAUGAGUAUUUCUUUAUUUUCACGCUUUUACUCUUCAAAGAGCAAGAGGACACAUCAACAAAAAAAAAGGGGGGGGGAGAAGGCUUUGGCUAAAAACUACGCACUCAACAGAUCAUGUUAAGAGCUAGAAAAGAAGUUAUCCUUGUCUACUUCUUCAUUUGAUUCAGAGUUCUGAGUUAACAAGAAAAUAAGGGUUGAAAUCAUUUACUGUGGUAAAACAUUAACAUCUUUUUGAAAGAGUUUUUUUAAAGGUAGUCCAGUAGAGAAAUAUGGGAAGUUCAAGAAGAUAAAAUUUUGUAAUUUACAAAAUGUUUCCUUAAAAUGUUCCUGGGAUGAAAAAGGGAUGAAAAAAGAUUGUCAUUUCUCCAACAAGUGAAUUGUUGCUGUUUCUUAGAAUAAAAGUCAAUCUCCACCUUUAAAAAUA